GUCACAUCUUUGUUACACUUCAAGAGUUAUGAAAUUUGUGAUGCUCAAGUAUCAUGAGACAAAGUGACGUACAGCUUUGUAAAUAUAACCAGAAAUCCCUCAAGUUCUCGACGUUACUUGUACCUGUUUAGUGUUCAUAAGCAGACGUGGAAAACGUUGGUACAAUCCAACAGCGCUUAACAAAUCGAAAGGCACUCCAACUUGUAUUAAAUUUGAAACUGAUUAUUUUCAGUAUAUUCGAUCGAUGGCGAUUCGGAUUUGGUUACAUUUUGUAAUUUUGGUGUCUGCUUUCGCACUACAUUGUUUUUCUGCUGCUUUUAUUAUGAUUAUGAGGUGGACGUGGUGGUGAAACUUUGAUCUCCUCUUGCCCCUGAACACCUGGUGGAAGCAAACUCGAGGAGAUCUUCCAGCGGCCGGAAGAACCCAAAACACAAACAGCUGAAAGAAGAGAGCACUGCGCAGGCGUGACUCUGUCAAGCUCCGAAUUUAUAAAUUUUAGGUGGAUUCAGGAGGGAGAACAAAUGUUUUCGGGUUUUGUUUGAGGAUAUCCUCCUCGCUAUCGCAAAUCUUUAUGCUGUCCAUAAACAUCAAUGAUCUAGUCGUCGAAUUAUGGCGGAAGGAUUCAAAUUGACGGCUGGUGGCUCGAAAACCGGUGGAAAUAAUGAGAACUAUGGAUCACUUAAAAGUGAAGUUUCUGACACUACUGAUGGUUCCGAGGCAGACAGAAUCAUCAUCAUCAAUAAACCACAGACUCAACAGUUUUGCAACAACAAGAUUAGCACUGCCAAGUACAACUUCUUGACAUUCCUUCCCAAGUUUCUCCUGGAACAGUUUAGUCGAUAUUCCAAUGUUUUCUUCCUGUUUAUCGCACUUUUACAGCAAAUAGAUGAUGUUUCUCCUACUGGUCGUUACACGACAGCAGUUCCUCUCCUAUUUGUUCUUUCUUGUUCAGCUGUGAAAGAGAUUAUAGAAGAUUAUAAAAGACAUCAAGCUGAUGAUCAGGUUAACAAUCGUAGAGUUAAAGUCUUAAGAGAUAAUACCAUACAGUCAUUAUUAUGGACUGAGGUCCAAGUUGGGGAUAUUGUGAAGGUUGUUAAUGGACAGUUCUUUCCUGCUGACCUUAUUUUACUCUCGUCAAGUGAGCCAAUGGGAAUGUGUUACAUAGAGACUUCAAAUCUUGAUGGCGAAACUAAUCUAAAGAUUAGACAGGCAUUACCCCUCACAGCCAAAAUGACCUCUCUAAUUGAAGUUCGUUGUAUGCAAGGACGUGUGGAGUGCGAAGGACCAAAUAAUCGACUCUAUGACUUUGUUGGAAACAUCACCCUCCAAACACAGAAGUCACUUCCGGUAGGGCCGGAACAGGUCUUGUUAAGAGGAGCACAUUUAAGGAAUACACAAUGGAUAUUUGGUCUUGUUGUUUAUACUGGACAUGACUCCAAACUCAUGCAGAACUCCACAGCUGCGCCAAUCAAACGGUCAAAUGUGGACCACACUACCAACAUCCAGAUCUUAUUUCUGUUUGGACUGCUUCUUGUCUUGGCUCUUUGCAGCACUAUUGGCUUCAAGAUAUGGACAGAUAAUCACCAAGAAACUGACUGGUACCUUGGAUAUUCUGGUAAAAGAGCUCAGAACCUUGGCAUGUCUUUCUUGACGUUCAUCAUUUUGUAUAACAAUCUGAUACCCAUCAGCUUGACAGUGACUCUUGAGGUUGUGAAGUUCAUACAAGCUAUCUUCAUAAACUUGGACAUUGAUAUGUAUUAUGAUGAGACAGACACUCCAGCUAUGGCAAGAACUUCCAAUCUCAAUGAAGAACUAGGACAGGUGCGGUACAUAUUCUCAGACAAGACAGGCACACUUACUAGAAAUGUCAUGGAGUUCAAAAAGGUUUCCAUUGGAGGAAUUAGUUACAGUGGACAAGGAGAUACAUUCAUGGAUCCAGCGCUUCUGGAUAACCUCAGAGAACAUCAUCCAACAGCAUCUGUUAUUCGGGAGUUUCUGACGCUGUUAGCAGUAUGCCACACAGUCGUGCCAGAGAGAGACCCCAGCAAUCCUGACAAAAUAGUUUAUCAAGCUGCCUCACCAGAUGAAGGUGCUCUGGUCAAAGGUGCAAAGAAGCUUGGAUUCUCAUUCAACGUGAGAACUCCCACAUCAGUCAUCAUUAACGCGAUGGGUCAAGAGGAGGUCUAUGAGGUCUUGAACGUGCUGGAAUUUAACAGCACUCGUAAGAGGAUGUCUGUGGUUGUUCGAACUCCUGAGGGCAAAAUAAAGUUGUACUGCAAGGGUGCUGAUACAGUCAUUUUUGAGCGGCUACAAGACAAACAGAUGUACAUGGACAGUACUGUGGAGCAUUUGGAAGAUUUUGCCAAAGAGGGUCUACGCACACUCUGUAUAGCGAUGACUGAACUCGAACCUGAGGAAUUUCAACGCUGGAGUGACAUCUAUUACAAAGCUUCUACAAGCUUGGAAAAUAGAGAGAAGAACGUGGACGAUGCUGCAGAACUCAUUGAAAAGAAUUUGUUUUUGUUGGGAGCCACUGCUAUCGAGGACAAGCUGCAGGAGGGUGUCCCAGAGAGCAUUGCUGCCCUCGCUGAUGCGGAUAUAAAGAUCUGGGUUCUAACAGGAGACAAGCAAGAAACUGCCAUCAACAUCGGUUAUGCAUGUCGUUUGCUUACUCCUGAGAUGAAACUGUUAAUCUGUAGCGAAGAGAGCCUCGAUGGAACUCGUGAGUGGCUGAAUGAGCAUCUCAGAAUAAUCGGCCGAGCUGGCUCAUCCAAGAAAAAACCGCCGUCCAUUCGGGAUGACUUGGGGCUGAUCAUCACUGGCAAGACUCUUUCACAUGGAUUAACAGACGAACUGAAGUUGAGUUUCUUAGAUAUGGCGCUCAGCUGCAAAGCCGUAAUCUGCUGCAGGGUUUCUCCUCUACAAAAGGCACAAGUUGUGAAACUUGUGAAACAACACGUCAAGGACGCCAUCACCCUCGCUAUUGGCGAUGGAGCUAACGAUGUCGGCAUGAUUCAGGCUGCACAUGUUGGCGUGGGGAUCAGUGGAGUGGAAGGCCUGCAGGCAGCCAGUGCUUCGGACUACGCCAUUGCACAGUUUCGCUAUUUAAACAAGCUUCUCUUUGUUCACGGAGCGUGGAGUUACCAGCGUCUCGCCAAGCUCAUCUUGUACUCAUUCUACAAGAACGUGUGUCUGUAUGUUAUUGAGCUGUGGUUUGCACUUGACAACGGAUUUUCCGGUCAAAUCCUGUUCGACAAGUGGUGCAUUGGUAUCUACAAUGUGGUUUUCACGUCAGUUCCCCCACUGGCUAUCGGCCUGUUUGAUCGCACAGUGACUUCUGAAAGCAUGCUCAAAUAUCCCAAGCUUUACAAGGCGUCACAGAAUGCCGAGAUAUAUAACACGAAGGUAUUCUGGAUGUGGAUUGCGGCUUCAGUAUACCACUCCCUUCUGUUGUUUUAUUUGCCUUGUUUCAUGCUCAAACACGAGUCCCCUUUCAGCAGUGGAGUGGUGGUAGGCGAGUGGUUCUUAGGAAAUGUAGUGUACACGGUAAGUUGUUAUAUGGGUACCCAUGUUGUUAUUUGUCUUAAAACAAGGAAGAAUACAGUCAAUUACAGAGCUUUUCAAUCGUUGUAUGCUGUACAGAAACUAGCCUGCAGAACAGGCAGAUUAGCGGGCUAGCCCGAUACACGAAAGCGGAUGCGAAGCGUGAGGCGAAAAUAAAUCCAUUUUUUUCGCCUCGCGUUCGUGUAUCGCGCUUUCCCGCUAAUUCGCCUGUUCUGCAAGCUAGACAGAAACCCGCUCGAAAAUUUUUUUCUUUGCACCUUGUAGCGGAGCUCCAUACUCAUAUGGGAAGGAAAAGGA